AUGUCGUCCGCUCUCGAUCAAUUAAAAGCCACUGGCACUACCGUGGUCUGCGAUUCUGGGGACUUUGCAACCAUCGGUAAAUAUAAGCCGCAAGAUGCCACCACCAACCCUUCAUUGAUCCUCGCCGCUUCGAAGAAACCAGAAUAUGCCAAGUUGAUCGACUCCGCAGUUGCCUACGGAAAGGAAAAUGGCAAGACACUCGAUGAGAAGGUCGAUGCUACUCUCGACCGUCUUUUGGUCGAGUUUGGCAAAGAGAUCCUGCAGAUCAUCCCCGGCAAAGUUUCAACUGAAGUCGAUGCCCGCUUCUCCUUCGAUACCAAAGCCUCCGUCAAUAAGGCUCUUAACAUCAUCGAGCUUUACAAAUCCGUUGGCAUCCCUAAGGAGCGCGUGUUGAUCAAAAUCGCUUCGACAUGGGAGGGCAUCCAGGCUGCUCACAUUCUUCAGUCACAGCACGGCAUCAACUGCAACCUGACAUUAAUGUUCUCGCUUGUCCAGGCCAUUGCUGCAGCUGAAGCUGGCGCAUAUCUCAUCUCCCCCUUCGUCGGCCGCAUCCUCGACUGGUUCAAAGCAGCCAUGAAGAAGGACUUCACCCCCGAGGAAGACCCUGGCGUUAAGAGCGUGCAGAGCAUCUUCAACUACUACAAGAAGCACGGCUACAAGACCAUUGUCAUGGGCGCCUCCUUCCGGAAUAUCGGCGAAAUCACUGAAUUGGCCGGAUGCGACUACCUGACCAUCUCGCCCAACCUCCUCGAAGAACUCUACAACUCCACCGCUGCCGUCCCCAAGAAGCUGGACUCCGCCACCGCUGCUACCCUCGAUAUCCCCAAGCGCGAAUACCUGAACGACGAGGCGCUCUUCCGCUUCGACUUCAACGAGGACCAAAUGGCCGUCGAGAAGCUGCGGGAGGGUAUCUCCAAGUUCGCUGCUGACGCAGUUACCCUCAAGAACAUCCUCAAAGAGAAGAUUGGCUCGUAG